AUGGUCAACCAAGACCAUUACUUAAAGCUACAAAGCCACAAAGAAGAUAAAGUCUUCAUCUACUUUGAGACUUUAGCGAAAGACUACCCCAUAUUGACGUCAUCCUUAGCUCCAAUCUCAUCAGUCACAUUUCUCUUUGACUCCGGUCUCAUCGACUACUUGCUUCUAGGUCGUAUAUGUGUUUGGGACUCCUUUCUGAAGCAGAGCAAGAGCUUCAUUUUUCUUAUCUUCUGGAGAAAGGCUUGGAAAGGUGCCAAUAUCGCCAACCUAUGGCAAAUGAUCUACCAGCCCAGCAUAAGCAUAUGA